ACUAUUUUUGUCGGAAUGUCCGUACUUAGAAUCUUUAAAAUAUUUUGGAUUGUAUUUUGCUUAAUACAUUUGUUGAACGGUCGUAAAGUACGCAAUUUAGAGUCGAACAGGAUAUCAACAGCAUUAGAAGAAUACAAUCGUGAGCUGACAUUUCCAAGGUUUGCGGAAAAUAUUCCAAACGUGACAGUGACAAUUGGUCGAGAUGCCUUACUCGCAUGCGUUGUCGAAAAUUUGCGAGGAUUCAAGGUAGCAUGGGUUCGUGUUGAUACACAAACAAUAUUGUCAAUUCAUCAUAGUGUUAUCACACAGAAUCCUAGAAUCACACUCACACACAACGAAAACCGUUCGUGGUAUUUACAUAUUAAAGAUGUUCAAGAGGAGGAUCGAGGAUGGUAUAUGUGUCAAAUUAAUACAGAUCCAAUGAGAAGUAAACAGGGAUAUUUACAAGUAGUAGUUCCUCCUAGUAUAAUAGACAAAGACACUAGUACAGAUAUGGUUGUCUUGGAAUCUUCAAAUGUCAGUUUAACAUGUAAAGCGUCUGGUUAUCCUGAGCCGUACGUAAUGUGGCGUCGGGAAGAUGGUGAAAAUAUACGUUACAACAGCGAAAAUGUAAAUGCAGUUGAUGGUGAAGUACUAUUUCUCAGCAAAGUGAGUCGUUUGCAUAUGGCUGUGUAUUUAUGUAUCGCAUCGAACGGAGUUCCACCCUCAAUAAGCAAGCGAAUUCGCCUUCGGGUGCAAUUUCCACCAAUGUUAUCCAUCCCAAAUCAACUAGAAGGUGCCUAUAUUGGACAAGAUGUAUCACUGGAAUGCCAUACUGAAGCAUUUCCCACGUCUAUAAAUUAUUGGACAACAGAUCGCGGUGAUAUGAUCAUAUCUGGUGAAAAAUACGAAUCAAUUUCAAUGGAUAGCGGCUAUACGAAGUAUAUGGUACUCAAGAUAAGAAACGUGAGCCCUAAUGAUUUUGGUUCAUAUAAAUGCGUUGCUAAGAACUCAUUGGGAGACACGGACGGUGUGAUUAAAUUAGAAGAAAUACCUGCUCCAACAUUCUUUACAACAACAGAAAUCCCGUCACUUGAACAAAAUAGCAGAGAUGGCAAUAAUCACAUUAGACAUAAAGGUAAAUAA